GGCUUCUUCCUCCGUUCCCGACUUCGGCGACGGCCGACCUCCCCACGCACGAACUCGAGGUACGAAUGCUCCUCCCUCUUCCCUCACUCUCUGACGCUGCCUCCGCCUUCGCCUUGCCGCAGCCGAGCUCGUCCUUCGCCGUAAAACGGACCUGCCCUUCCCAACCGAUUCUUCCGGUGCCAUCUCUGUAGGUCUCUUUGGUACCUCCGCUGGUCUGAUCGACUUCGAGAGCGCGGAGAAUGCAUUUUUAGGGUUCGUAGUUGAUCGCCGAUGAAACCCUAACGCAAUUGGAUGAUGCCCCGCCUUCACCUACCAUUUCUUGAGCCCUCUCCAACUCUUUGCACUUGUUGUUUUUGCGUUCCCCCUAUGUUUCCUUCUUCUCAGUAUUGCCCUUUUGGAUCCUCUGUUUAGCGAAUCACGCGAUAUGUUAUAAAGUACUUUAUCACAAUCUUUUUGGAACAGAUUGGUAUUGUAUCACUUGAUCUUGAAAUUCUCAAGCUUUGCAUCUCCGAUUGGUAUUGUGUUUUGAACAAGGCAAAGGGAAGGGGCUUGCAAGCAAACUUUGUUGUGAGGCGGUAGGAAUCGGAUGGAAGGGAACGAGAUGUCCGUCGCUUUUGAGAACCGGGUAUUCAACCGGCGGUCCGGCCUCGGUGGUGGUCGCAUGGGUUGCACCCUUAUCACUGGCUUCCUUGGCGGUGGUAAAACUACCCUCCUGAAGCACCUCCUUGACCACCGUGGCGAUCUCCGCCUUGCUGUUCUUGUCAAUGAGUUCGCUGACUCCGAUGUUGACUCCCUCCUCCUUGACUCUGCCCGCCUCAACCGGGCAUUCAACCUAUCCACCGUCUCCCUCACGCAUGGCUGUGCUUGCUGUGAAGUCAGUGGGCCCUUCAGGGAAUCUCUUCAACGGAUUGUGGAUAGCAAGCACAACUUUGAUUGUCUUCUCAUUGAGACGUCUGGGUUGGCAAGACCUGAUAAAUUUGUGGCCGAACUAAAGGAAGUUGGCAUUCAUUUGGAUCUUGUUGUCGCUGUGGUUGAUGCAGAAUCGCUUGAUAAGAUAAUUAAAAUUGACAUCGUGAGGAAGCAGUUGGAACAUGUCGAUAUCGUUCUUUUAAACAAAUGUGAUUUGGCUACACUAAGUCAGAUAUCCAAUGCAGAAGAUAUUUUAGAAGAAUUGACAGCUGGUGCAAAGGUUGUCCGGUCCCAGUUUUGUAAGGUUCCUGUGGAUCUCAUUAUUGACUGUAGUAAACUUCAAGCACUAAACAUUGAAAAGAAUGAUGAAAGCAUGCCAGGAGUUCUUUCUCAUGAAUCAUUGCCUAAGAUGGCAUUCCAACGGUAUAUAUAUGAUAAUAGUCCAUUGCAAUUUUCUUCUUCUGGUCACACCAGCAACCAGCCUUCAGUUGGUGGUGAUAGAUCAUCAACUGAUGAUUUACAUCCCGGCUUUCCUCAUGGAGAAUCAUUUUCAUCUGCUACAUUUGAAGCUGAAGUUCCAUUAUCUUUGGUGGUGUUUCAGUCAAAAGUUCUAAAAAGCAUGAGGUGUGCAAGCAGCCUUAUUAGAGCUAAAGGCAUCAUAUGGUUUGCUGAGGAUAGAGAAAGCCGCUUUGUUUUUCAAUGGAGUGGUCUUAAAAGAGUAGAAGCAAUUAGUGGACAACCUUGGGAAAGCUCUCCAAAAUCAUGUAUUGUGCUUAUAGGCACUGAUAAGUCCGAACUGCAAACAAUCAUUUCACAGCUUUCAGCAUCUGCUGAUCCUCACAAUAAGGUCUCAUCAGAAUAUGGUAACCUUAGAGAACAUGCCAAGAGCUUUGCUUCGAUGGUUGCAAGUGAUGAUAGAUUUAAGUCUCAACUAAGUGGAGCUCUAAUGCAUGUGGUUAAUGGCAAAGGAAAUAUCUUCUUAACAGCGACAACUUUUGGAGAAGACUACAAUCUACAGAUUCUACUAGAUGAGAAAUCAACUGUAAAUGAUGCUUGGAGUGAAAUUCGAUCUGCCACCAGUAUAGUUGUCUCUAAAGUAUGCAAGAACUUUUGCCCAUGCAGGUCAGAUCUUACGGCACAUGUUCAUUGACAUGCUCAACCUGCUGCUCUUUGGAGUAUAAAUAACAUGGAGCCAGUUUCCUUUUCUUCCCGCAGCCGCCAUUUAGACCAUUUAGAAUUCAUAGACAUCGCUGCUGAGCGUCGAUCAUCUAAACCCAAAUAUGAUGGCAACAUCAGGUGCCCUAUACUUAAACCAGGCUCCCCUUUUGUGUGGAUCAAUACUGACGGUAUCAUUUCGCUUUGCUGAACACAUGUUCCUGGUACAUUCUCUGGGUAAACAUUUCUUCCCAUCUUUGCAAAUGUAAUGCCACUAGAACAUGAUAGGGUCUGCUGUAAGUUAAAAGGUACAAUCUUCAAAGAAAUAGAAGAUUACAUUGCAUCACUAAAUACCACAGGAUGGAAGAGGCUUUGCAA